UUCGCGGUUGUGUCUUUUCUCACGCACCAGUGCAAUUGAUUACACGCCUUGCCGAGUGUUUGAUUGACGUGUACCAAAACACAGCGGUGUCCGGUGGCUUUUUGGAGGCUCUCAAAUUAUCAUCCAUUGAUAAGGGUGACCCCCGCAUAGAGAGCCUCUCGUUAGGGUGGACAAAUUGUGCAAAAAAGGCAUUACGAUGACAGCACCGGCUCUAAGGUUUUGUGCAAAUUUGAACUUUAUGUUUCUGGAGGCUGGUUCAUUCCUAGAUCGGUACCGUGCGGCGAAGUCUGCUGGUUUUGGAGGUGUCGAAGGUCCAUUUCCACCGGCGGACGUCAACCUAGAUGCAUUGGUUGCAGUUCAAAAGGAAACCGGAUUGAAGCAAAUCCUCAUGAAUAUUGCCUUGGGAGAUGCAUCCGAUGGCCAGUUUGGGUGUGCGGCCUUGCCCGGUCGGGAAAAGGAGUUUCUGGUAAAUCUGCAACGGACAAUCGAGUAUGCCAAGGCUAUUGGAUGUGGGAAAAUCCACAUAAUGGCGGGUAAGCUGGAAGGACCUUCCACAGCGACCCACGACCACACCUAUCUCGAGAAUCUUCGAGUUGCAGCGCCCAUCCUGGAACGAAACAACAUCGUCGGCGUUAUUGAGCCCAUCAACAAGUACGCCGUCCCAGGAUACUAUCUUUCCUGCUACGAUAAGGCGGUACAGAUGAUCACUUCCGUCGACAGCCCCAGCGUAAAGCUGAUGUUUGACAUCUACCAUGCGCAGCACAUUCGCGGCGACAUCACGAACAGCAUCCGCACGCUAGCGCCCCACAUCGGUCACGUCCAGCUGGCGCAAGUUCCGGGGCGCAACGAACCCAGCAGCGACGGUGAGCUAAACUUCCGCUCCAUUCUGCGCUCACUGGCAACCGAGGGUCGUUACGCGGAUGGUUGGGUUGGGUGUGAGUAUCGCCCCCUAGGCGGAACUGCCGAAGGACUCGGUUGGUUGCGUGACUACGGCUAUUGGCAGUGACAUUGCUACCACCUAGCACCACCUUGCGAGGGUCAAGGAAUCAACAUUAUGCAUAAGAAAUGUGAACAAAUAGAGAGAAAGCGAAACUUUC